UGUGUUAAAAUUUGGAUAGGUUCCGUAUUAAUAGUACAGAUGUAUUUACAUUUUUGAGGAAGUUUAACUCCCCUUUAAUAAGAUACUAGAUGUAUUUCCUUACUGAUGUGUGCCAGUUCACCAUGAUUAACCAGUAAUUUGUUAAUAGCAUGGAAAUAUCCAAAAUGCCACAAAAAUAAACAAUGAACAUUUCAUGAUUAGAUUUUGUUAUGAUUGUUUUCUAUUAAUCAAUUGUUCAAUAUUAUAAAGCACACUGGGUGUUUACUAAAUGUUAAACUUGUUUGAAAUAUAAACAAUCGGUUGCGUUUGUCAGAAAUAUUCUAAUGAAUCUACAGGAAUUUGUUUAAUUGAUUAUUCAAGAAAAUGUAUAUAAGUUCUUGUUAUAAUACGAAAAACAAUUAAUUCAUGCUAGCUUCACCUUUAACUGUAAGAGUCUUGAAAAUAGUUUGCAUCCAAAGUUGUGUAUGUUUUUGCUUCCUAGCCUCUCCUGGGAUAAGGAAAAGUACGUCUGAGAGAGAUAUCCUAGAUUCCCCUCUACAUAGCCCAAAAGAAGGACAUAGCCCUAAAGGACACAGAUCCCCAUUGAGUCCCAAAAGGAGCCCAUCAUUUAUCCACAGAGAAUUGAUGCAGCAGAGGCAGAAAUUACACCAGCAACAAAGUGAGAAUGUAGAAAAGCAUGAGAGUUUGAAUGGUCAGUUGAAUAAACAACAAAGUGGAACGAUUGGACAAACAAAUGGAGAUGAUCAGCAGAGAAUAUGGCAGCAACAAAUGAAAGAACAGCAGUUGAAGACUUCAGCAGCAAUAACAGAACAGCAGCUGAAGUUAAAAUCCAAACCAAAUUCACCUAAACAUGACUCUGAACAGGUCUCUGUCAAGCAGCAGACAAAGAUAUUACAACAGUCUAGUGAUACACAAAUACCUGUCAGACAACAAAUAAAUCAGCAUCAGAAUAUAGAACAGCAUUCACCAGUUGUAAAGCACCAAAAGAAACAGUAUGAGACACCUGUUAAUAAACAGCGUAUGAAUCACCCCCCUCCCAGUGUAAAACAACAAGUGAAGCAGCACGAGACACCAAUUAAGGAACAAACCAAGGGUCAGGUCUCUCCAAAUGUAAAGCAGCAAGUGAAGAAACAUGAGAUACCAAUUAAACGUAUGGCUCAUCCCCCUCCAAGUGUAAAACAUCAAGUAAAACAGCAUGAGACACCUGUUAAGGGACAAACUAUGGGUCAGUCCCCUCCAAGUGUAAAACAUCAAGUAAAACAAUUCAAUCAGCCUAUAAAACAUGAAUUAGAACAGCAAUCUGUACCUACAGUUAAACAACAAAUUAAACAACACCAGGGUAUAACUAAUCAACCAGAACAGGGUAACACAGUGAAGGAGCAAGUAAAACGGCAUGAAUCUCCAAAGAUGUCGCCAAAAUACAAGAUGAAAUGGGAUUGGAUGAGUGAGAAUAAAAACACUUCUAAAACUGAACAACCUUUAAGUCCUGCAAGAUCUCCAAAAUUGAAGAAAAAAUGGAGUUUUUCAAUGUCAAAAGAUACAAAUGAUUCUGAACGAAGUCCAGUUAGUUUUUUCAGCUCACCAAAGAUGAAGAAUAAAUGGUCAAGUUUGCCACCAUCAAAUGGGUCUCCCUUUUCAGAUAAUGACACUAUUGAAGAUUCUGAACAGCGUCAAAGUAAUAUUAAGUCCCCAAAACAGAAGUCAAAAUGGAGUUGGUCAAUGGCAAAGCAAACCUCACCUAGCGUUGAUAAAUCUGAUGAUGUCACAAGUCCAGUGAUGUCUCCUAAAACACAGUCAAAGUGGACUUGGGCAAUGACAAAAAAAUCUCCAGAAAAGCAAGCUGUAAAUAAUAUUGAUUUGCAGCAAAGUCCUGUUAAAUCACCAAAACUCAAAACGAAAUGGAGUAAAACAUCUCCAAAAGAUGUAGCGCCAAAGAAACCCUUUAUAUCGCCAAAAUCUCCAAUUAAGAAAUCAGAUAUACAAUUUGUUGAAAUUCAGCACACUACAAAUAGUUCAGUAUAUGAGGAACCUAAUGUAUCAGUUAGGCAACACCUUCAAAAAAUAAACUCUCUGGACAGAAACUCGGACAAUAAAGUAUUUCUUGAUGCCCCUUCUGGAUUAGAGACACCGACCAAAGGUUUGGUUUAUGAAGAUCCCAAUGUAUGUGUAAAAGAGCAGGUUCAAUACCUUGAUAAAAACACUGUCAAUAAAACUUAUGUUGAUCCCUCGUUUGUAAAGGAAUCUCUGAAUGAGAAUACAACCAAAACUUUGGUUAAUGAAGAUACCAAUGUGUGUGUGAAGGACCAGAUUAAAAACUUGGAUAAAAACACUGAGAAUAACACAUCAGUAGAUCCCCCACUUGUAACUCAAGAUGAGUGUCCACCCGAAACUUUGGUCUAUGAAGAUCCGAAUGUAUGUGUGAAAGAACAAGUACAACAUUUGGAGUCCCCUGUUAAAAAGCCACCAAUUUCCCCCAGGCCAAGACCCAAACUACCACCACAGAAACCACCCAGGGAUCUUAGUAAAUCAAAGCUAUCUCAGCCAAGAAUCACCAAACCCAAACAAGAUAUUCACAAAAUCUCCGCAGAAUGUGAAGAAUUAAAAACUAGGCAAGAAUCAUCUAAUGAACAGAAUGAAAUACCAACUGAAUGUGGAACAAUCCUUCAACAGCAUGAAACUAAAGAACAGCCUGAGCUUGAACAGCACCAAGUGUUCAAGAAACAGCAGAGGAUACUUUCAGAUUCUGAGUCAGAUCACUCUGAUAGAGACGCUGAUUGGGAUGAUGACAAAGAUCAUGAUUCUGAUGCCAAUGCAGCUACAUGGGACUCAAGGCUUACAGGUGGUUCUGCUGAGUCUGCUUCUAAUGGGGGAACAGACACAUGGAAUGAAGCAGCCAAUGGGGGUACAGUCGCAUGGAAUGAACUACAUGUCUAGUUAAUGCAAUUUAUGUAAUGUUUUAUUUCCAAAGCCUAAAGACAGCAUGGUGGUAAUAGAUAAUUUGUUUAUGUUCAUAACACAUUUUGCUUUUUGCAAUUUUGCAUAUAUGAGGCUAGUACAAUAAAACUAUAUUCAUUUAAUAAUUCUCUGUUACAUCUUUUACCACCAUGUAUAAUAUUGUUUGAGUAUUGAAACUUCCAAAUAAGACAACUUUGAAAUAUACUGUACUGUGUGUAAGAUAUUUACAUGAAAUGUGGAGUCAGUCUUAGUUGGGAGUGAUUUUUUUUAUAAAAACCAUCAUUUCAAGUGUAUGUUGUAUAAAGUAUUUAACCUCAUGUCUUGG